GAGGUAGAACUCUUAAAAAAUCUGCCGCCGGAGAUCGUAAUCGAAAUCCUAUCAAGGCUUCCAAUCCGAACAAUCAAAAUCUGCAAACGUGUUCGUAACUCAUGGCGAGAUCUGAUCCGGACUCGUGAGUUUGCCGAUUCGCAUCUCUCCAAAUCGGUCCAAGGAAUGGUUUUCUGCAGUGAAUUCAACAAUUACGGAGUUUUCGCAUUCGAAGAUGGACUUGAUCUCCAAGACCCGGAGCGUCGAUACGAACAAAUAACGAGCUUCGAUUGCAGCUAUUUGUGCAUUAGCAUCUGCGAAAUACAAGGUUCUGUUAAUGGCUUGCUUUUUUUGAAUCCAUUAAGCUCUAUAUCUGAUGCCUAUUACAUAUUCAAUCCAUUAACUCGCGAGUAUAUCGAGUUUCCGUACGAGCAGAGGCUGCUCGACAUAGAUUUUAACGGAACGGUAAAUUACGGAUUUGGGGUGAGCAAAGUGAGUGGUCAGUAUAAGGUGGUUAAAACUGUUCAUGUUAAGAAAUCUAUUUGCCACGUGUACACUCUCGGAACAGGAAAAUGGAGACGAAUCCCCGCGGGCCCCAAGUUGGGAGAGAACACGAAUUCGAGUGGGGCAUUUCUCAAUGGAUGCCUUCACUGGUUCGUAGAAGAUUCCAAGAACCCUAAUUUGAUAUCUUGCUUUGAUCUCGAGACGGAAACGUUUAGCACGUUUCCUUGUCCUCCGUCUCUUUCGUUGUAUAAAAGAUAUCAAGUCGUAGUAGCUUUGGGGGGUUACUUGUGGAUAUGCGACAAUACCGAUGAACUUGUGAUUGCGUUUUGGGUAAUGAAGGAAUACGGAAACGAGAAAUCUUGGACGAAGGAGUUUGUUAUCCGGAAAAGGCAUCCGCAUUGUUACGGUCAGCCUCGUGGAAUCGUUUAUCCGAUAAAACUUUUCGACGACGGUCAUGUAUUGAUGACAUGGGAGGAUGAAUUCAACACGUUCUCGGAAAUGUACUAUUACUCGAACAAGACUAAAACUACUGCAGAACUCGAUGAUUGUAAAGUGUUUGGAGUUUCUAGUGGUGGUAGUCCGAUGCAGGCGGUGCCUUAUACGCCGAGCUUUGUUUCACUCAGAAGUUUCCCUAACGAGUAUGUUAAGUCGUAUAAAUGGUUCUAAGCUCGUAUGAAAUUCUCUUUUGGUUUUCGUUUUUUCUGUUUGUAUCCGCUCGUUUAUGUUUUUCGUGGAAUAUAAGACGCCUAGUCGCCUAAUUCUAGUACUGGCUAUAUUUCUGUCUUACAUGGUGUUUGAUUAAAUGCUUCUGAAGUAAAUUGUGAAUAUUUGUUUGUGGCAAA